UCGUCAAAGAAAAUUCAAUCCCGGUCGGCCUUUUUAAGUUCGUCUCUCAUGAUCUGUCACCGGCGUGAUUGAGCAGGAGCGCCGGGGGACAUAGGCAGAGAUGGGCGCCGUUCGAGGGGUGAUCCUUGAUGAAUCCGUGCUACUGUCGGACGACGGAGACGAUGGCCCUUUGCUGAAGCCGGGAGCAGAGGCUGUGCUUCGACGGCUUCGUUAUUCCGAUCUGAGAGUGGGGUUUUGCCAUGAUGGGGAAGUCUCAUCCCAAAAGGCGGCAUUUCUCCAGAAGACAGCAAGAAUGCACUCCUAUACUUGCAUCUCACUUACUGCUCCAGAUAUAAUAAAUUCGUUUAACCAAGUGUUGCUAGAAUGGGGCAUAGCUGGAGAUAGAUGUUUUUAUGUUACUUCCAAAAAACAUGAAGCAGCUGCAUAUGAGAUUGUGGGACAGAGUUGGGUAAUUGUUCACAUAGGUGUUGACUGCUGUUAUACAACAAAUAAUGAGUUUUUAUUUAUUGAAAAGUUGGAACAACUGCCCCUUGCUAUUUGCUGUUUCACUAAAAAGGCAUUGAAGAACCUUUCAUUACUUAUCAUUGGCUAUUUAAUGAAGCCUUCUCGGGAAGAAGAUUUUGCAAAGAGGGGUGCAUUUCCCAUGUAUCCUCCCAAGAACAGAUUGAUGUUUGUCCCUCUCAGUUUUGAAUUUCCUUUAGAAUCCCAACUACAAGCGGUUGAUGCUGUCCUUCACAAAGCAACUGAUGAAAUCAUUAACUUCAAGCCCAACACCUCAACUGAAUUUUCCCAAGGGGUUUCAUUUUCAACAGGAAUGUGUGAACUGGAGAGAUUUAUCAAGGACCAUCCUGAAUGUUGCCUGAUUGAUCCUCUAAAGAAUAUAUACCCUUUGUUAGAUAGGCACCAGAUCCAACAAAUUCUACUUGGAUUGCAGGAAAUCAACAUGCAAGAUCACUGCAGACUACGUGCACCUUAUUUUUUAAAGAUUGAUGCUUUUAAUGAACCUAACCUGAGGGAUCAACUAUCAGAAGCUAAUUUAUCAUUCCCCAUCAUUGUGAAGCCACAAAUUGCAUGUGGUGUUGGCGAUGCACAUAAUAUGGCUUUAGUAUUUAAGUUUGAAGACUUCAAAGGACUUCAUGUUCCUCUUCCUGCUAUUCUUCAAGAAUAUCUGGAUCAUGGAUCUUUAAUAUACAAGUUCUAUGUCCUGGGAACUAAUGUUUUCCAUGCUGUUAAGAAGUCUAUGCCAAAUGCCAGCUUUCUAGUCUCUUCGCAAGAGAAAAAUGGUUUAAAACCAAUCACCUUUGACAGUUUGAAAUCUCUUCCAGUUGCUACUGAUGACCAGUUCUCAGUAGACAGACUUAAAGGUGGUAAAGAACUGGAUGUGGACCUUGUCAAUAGAGCUGCUAGUUGGCUGACGAUAAAACUUGAUCUUACCAUUUUUGGAUUUGAUUUGGUUAUUCAAGAAGAUAGUGGAGACCAUGUCAUCGUUGACUUGAAUUAUCUACCCUCUUUUAAGGAAGUGCCCAAUACUGAUGCCAUACCUGCAUUUUGGACUGCCAUUAGGAGUUCAUACGAGUCAAGGAAGACAAACUGAAUAGCUGACAACUCCAUCGCACUUCAUCGAACCAGAUACUUGUAGUGGAAAAUUUGGCAGGUUUUAGGCUUAGUUGAUCAAUAAAGGGUAACAUUAACCACCAUGUAGGCAAGAUUUCAGGUCACACAUGGCAUAUCAUCUGGCGAGAUGUGCUAUUUCAGAAGGUUCAGAUAUUGGAGCUUCGAAUGCAUAGAAGUAGUUCUCCUAAAUUGUCACAAUAAGAGAGAUUAAACUAGACAAAGCAUGUGUUUCGGAAUUAAUUGCCUAUAUACCAGAAUUUGAUGCUGAACCCAAUCUAUGAAAAGAAAGGUGGCUACAUGAUGAGUUUGCAAA